AUGGCUUUCAUUGCUGGAACGCUCCCAUUUGGUCGUGAAGUGCUGAAUGCGGGCACUCAGACCUCCGCGGCUUGCUGGUGUCACUCGAGCGGUGACCGCUCGCGGUCGAGACGGAGCAGCGCACUAGUCGCUCGGUGCGCCGCCUCGGGGCAGACCUUCACGCGAAGGCGUUUCUGCCGAGACUUUGCCUUCGCUUCCCUGAGCCUGAUUUCCGUUCUAGGAAGUUCACGCUGUCAGGUAGCGAGUGCAGCAACUGCGCCAGAGGCUGCACUCGUACAAGUCUGCAGGGCCUACGACGCGUUGGACGAGCUUGUGAGGCUCAUCGAGCAGUCCCAAGACACUCGCAGCCUGCGCCAAACGAUUCGCAUCAUCGUCAAGCAGAGCAACUUGAAGCAGAGUAUCAAGUCCGCCGCAAACGGCCGACUGCCAGCGGGACCUAUUCGCGAUGCCGCAUUACGCGAAGGACUCGAUGCUCUCGAGUACCUGAGUCAGGUGACCGCGUACUACAACCCCGUUUCAAAAGUGCCGACCCUCGAAAUGCGUUCUUUUGCGAUCGAGUCCGUGAAAGCUGCAAAGCAGCGUUUACAGGCGUAUCUGGAUGCGUUCCCACCGGAUGAAGUGGAGCGCGCCCGACGGACGGUUUUUGUUCAAGACGUUGCAGCGUACGAAUCUAUGUGA